CUGUAGUAGUCCUCAAUACUCCAUGCAAAGUGUCCCGAUGUUCCGAGUCUCUUUACAACCCCCAUAACAAGACGUUCUCGCUUCCUCCAUAAAAACCGAUCCCAAGGAUCUCCCAAACGGGUGGCUCAUCAAAUUUAGAAUAAGGCAAGGAACGAAAGGACUGCAGAGGGAAAAUGUGUAGCUGUCCACAUCAAAUGGAAACCCUGACCAGGGUGAACGAGAGCCUCGUCCACACGGUGGGCGCGGUUGCGAUCGUCUCCGAUGUCCUCACAACGAUCGGGCCGCAGUUUGCGAGACAAUACAUGAAAUUCAACAACCACACCGUCGUGGAUAAAGUGCCGCCCGAGAUGCUACACUUAAUAGACACUCAUUGGUACCAGUUUCCACCGAUGGACCCGAUGUGGCACAAGAUACUCGGCCUCGUGAUGAUAGUCCUCGGUUUCAUGGGCUGGUUUGGAAACGGAGUCGUUUGUUACGUAUUUUUGCUGACACCUUCCCUGAGGACUCCGAGCAACCUCCUCGUGGUGAACCUGGCGUUCUCCGACUUCAUCAUGAUGGUCAUCAUGUGCCCACCUAUGGUUAUUAACUGUUACUUCGAAACGUGGAUACUAGGGCCGCUGAUGUGUGACAUUUACGCGAUGGUUGGCUCUUUGUGCGGUGGAGCAUCCAUCUGGACGAUGACCGCUAUCGCUCUGGAUCGUUACAACGUUAUCGUGAAGGGGAUGUCCGGGACGCCGUUGACCAUCAAAAGGGCUCUACUCCAGAUUUUACUGAUCUGGACGUUUGCCCUGGUUUGGACGAUUCUACCGAUGGUGGGUUGGAACAGGUACGUUCCAGAGGGUAAUAUGACGGCUUGUGGAACGGACUUCCUCGCCGACGACUGGUUCUCCAAGUCCUACAUCCUGGUGUAUUCCGUUUUCGUUUACUACACACCUUUGUUCACUAUAAUAUACAGCUACUACUUUAUCGUCUCCACUGUAGCAGCUCAUGAGAAGGGGAUGAGAGAACAAGCGAAGAAAAUGAACGUAGCUUCGCUACGCUCAGGUGAAAACCAAGGAGCCAGCGCAGAGGCGAAACUAGCGAAGGUUGCUUUAACAACUAUAUCCCUGUGGUUCUUGGCGUGGACCCCGUACCUGGUGAUCAACUAUUCAGGCAUCUUCAAUAAAUCUAUCAUUACACCCAUGUUCAGUAUCUGGGGUUCUCUGUUCGCCAAAACAAACGCGACUUACAACCCCAUCGUUUAUGGGAUCAGCCACCCAAAGUAUCGAGCCGCUCUCAAGGAAAAGCUACCUUUCCUCGUAUGCGGAGAGACGGAAGAAACUGCACCAAAGAGCGGAGCAGCCACGACUCCUGCAGUUGCACCUGAUGCAUCGUCUAAUGCAACAGCUGAUGGGAAGGCUUAAUCUCGAUAAAAAGAAUUGUUAAAUAAUUAUCUCUACACUAUAAAUUCCGUAGAACCCAUAUACAUUCCGAUUUCAUGCACAAGUUUACCCAGGCUUGGUUUGUUUAAAGACGACACCGUACAGGAGCAACGUAUGGUUCUGUAAAUUAUUUUUCAUAUUAACGCUCAACACAGGGCUAAUGACAUUAACAAUCUGUUAAGACAAUUCAUGCGUUGGGCUCGACAACGUAAGAUAACACGCCGAGCUGGUGAUGUCAAAUAAAAAUGGCUACUAUGUAUUUAA